GCGCGAAGGGACAAACUCUCAGUCGGCUCUGACGCGCGCGGCGGCUGGAAUCCACCGAAAGUGUGUCGGGUUUUACAUGAACGGUUUAGUGAUGGAUAAGCGGAGUAAACGGCCCAGGGAAGAUGAAGAGUGUGCUGUCGAGGUGAAGCAGGUUUGUGACGGAGAGUUUUGGCGCUGGGACGCCGAUGAAACGGUGGUGUUUCUGCGGAGAGAAGGACUCGAGCAAUGGGAGCAGAAAUUCAGAGAGCACGGCAUAACCGGGCCAGGACUGCCGUACCUCACCGAGGGGCUUUUGGAGAAGAUGGGCAUCUCGCCUCUGGGGUCACGCCUGCAGAUCCUGCACUGCCUUCAGAAGCUCUCAAACGAACCCAUGAAGGUGUUCAACGACCCCAUCCACGGCCACAUCGAGCUGCACCCGCUGCUGCUGCGCUUCAUAGACACGCCUCAGUUCCAGAGGCUGCGCCACAUCAAACAGCUGGGGGGCACGUACCUGGUGUUCCCGGGGGCGUCCCACAACCGCUUCGAGCAUUCGGUCGGGGUGGGCUAUUUGGCGGGAUGUCUAGUCAAGGCUCUGAACGAAAGACAGCCAGAGCUCUUCAUCACCAAGCAGGAUAUCCUCUGUGUGCAGAUCGCUGGCCUGUGCCAUGACCUGGGUCACGGCCCAUUCUCUCAUUUGUUUGAUGGCCUGUUCAUCCCUAAAGUUCGACCUGGUGAGAAGUGGAAGCACGAGACCGCCUCAGUGCAGAUGUUUGACCACCUGGUGAAGGUCAACCAGCUGGAGGCGGUGAUGAUGCAUCAUGGGCUGAGGCUUCCAGACGACCUGGUGUUCAUCAAGGAGCAGAUCGCCGGGCCGCUGGACUCCUCUGUGCUGGACCGCUCGUGGCCGUAUGAGGGCCGACCUCUGGAGAAGUCCUUCCUGUACGAGAUAGUAGCAAACAAACGCAAUGGCAUCGACGUGGACAAGUGGGACUACUUCGCCAGGGAUUGCUAUCACCUGGGGAUCCAGAAUAACUUCGACUACCGGCGCUUCCUCAAGUUUGCUCGCGUGUGUGAAGUGAGAGGAAAGAAGCACAUCUGCACAAGAGACAAGGAAGUUGGCAAUCUCUACGACAUGUUCCACACUCGCAACUGCCUCCAUCGCCGGGCGUAUCAACACAAAGUGGGCAACAUCAUCGAGACCAUGAUCACCGAGGCCUUUGUAAAGGCUGACCCGCACAUCCAGAUCCAGGGCUCUUCCGGCAGGACGUUCACCAUCUCGUCCGCCAUAGAGGACAUGGAGGCCUACAGCAAGCUCACAGAUAACAUCUUUGAGCAGAUCCUGUACUCGUCUGCGCCGGAGCUGUCCGAGGCCCGAGACAUCCUGCACAACAUCGUCUGUAGACGGCUCUACAAGUGUGUGGGUCAGACCACGUCCGAGACGCAUGUGGACGUGUCGCCGGAGAAGCUGCUGGACUGGGCGAAGGAAGUGGCCCGAUCCAAACCCAGCGGCACAGAUGCCAACCUCAUCGCGGAGGACUUCGUCGUCAGUGUCAUUCACAUGGAUUAUGGAAUGAAGGAGAAAAACCCCAUCAACAACGUCCAUUUCUACUGUAAGAACGAUCCCAGCAAAGCCAUCAAGAUCCGCAAGAAACAGGUGUCCAAACUCCUGCCGGAGCAGUUCGCGGAGCAGCUGAUCAGGGUCUUCUGCAAGAAGACGGACGACAAGAGCCUAGAGGCGGCCAAGAAGUACUUCGUCCAGUGGUGCAUGGACAGCAACUUCACUAAACCGCAGGAUGGAGAUGUGAUCGCCCCAGAGCUCACGCCGCUGAAGCGAGACUGGCACACGCUGGAGCAGGACGACAGCGACAGUGACCACAGGGAAGGCAUGCGUCCGGGAACGAGAGAUCAGACGCCCAAGAGGACGGCACGCAAUAUUAAAGUCAACCUUUUUCAAGCUCAGGGAGAACGCAAGCUCUGAAGAACCGGCCGGGAUCUCAAACAGCUUUCAGACGCUCAUUCAAUCAUCCAACGUGUUUUCAAACUUCAGUUCCUCUAUUGAGUUUUAUUUUCUUGUUCUUUAUCAGGGUUUUAAUUCAGGUCAAGCUUUAUCAUGAACGAUCACGUCUCUCUCCACCAUCAUGCUUUGCCACAGAGAGAAAGGUCUUCUGUUAUUUUUUAUUUAUUUAAAAGGUUUUAUUAGGGACUCUCUGAUACUAGUUCAUGUUGUUGAACAGCCACCGCUCAGUUCCACUAUACUGGGUCUUUUCUCAAGUGUGAUGACAGCAUAUAUAGUAUAUAUCUUUAUUUGGGCUGAAUGUUUUUAAUACUUGAAAUACUUUAUAUACCAGUAGUCGGUGGGAUGAACCGUUUGUCCUCAGCGAUAUUUCAUAUGUUCUCAUCUUAUCAAUACAGGGCUUUACUAUGAACCAAAACCUCCAUGAUUGUGUUGUUGAGCUCGGUUAAACUCAUUUAAAUCACAUUUCUUCACCGCACAAUCAUAUCGAGUCAGUUGUGCUGGAAAAUGUUGAGUUGACGAAUGUAGUGACAUAAUGCAUGUUGUGCGGGAGAUUUUUCUGAUGUCGUGUUGAAUCAAUGCAGUCUCAGUGUUCCUGCACAGCGUGUGAAUGAAAGUGUGGUUUUCCAGCAAAAGGAUUAAAACGGCAAUGCAAGGAGAAA